AUGGCCCACCCCAGCCACAUCCAGUCGGCCGCCUCCAAGAGCAUCCGCCCCUUCCGCUCCAGCGAGGAGUACCUGGAGGCCAUGAAGGAGGAUCUGGCCGAGUGGUUCAACACCCUCUACGAUCUGGACAUCCAGGUGGACACCUUCCUGGAGAGCCUGGAGACCGGCUGUCACCUCUGCCGGCAUGCCAACAACGUCAACCGCAUCGCCCUGGACUUCCAGCAGCGGCAUCCCGAGGUGGCUGCCCCUAUGCGAGUCCCCCGGAAUGAGGUCGUCUUCCAGGCCAAGAACGUGGUGCCCGGUUCCUUCAUCGCCCGGGAUAACGUCUCCAACUUCAUCCAGUGGUGCCGGCAGGACCUAGGCAUCCAGGAUGUCCUCAUGUUCGAGACCAAUGACCUGGUGCUGAAGAAGAACGAGAAGAAUUUUGUCCUCUGCUUGCUGGAGGUGGCCAGGAGGGGCUCCAAGUUUGGCAUGUUGGCCCCCAUGCUGAUCCAGAUGGAGGAGGAGAUUGAGGAGGAACUGAGGGACCAAACGGCCUACGGGGCACUGGGCACGCGCCAGGAGCACCAGGACCCCCAGGCGCCCGCCUACCCCGGCAGGGCCCGGCCCAUCGCCCUCUGUGACCUGAAGAACCUGGAUGAGCUGGGGCGUGAGAUCCUGGGCUGCUGCUCCUGCCCCUCCCAGUUCCCCAUGGUCAAGGUCUCCGAGGGUAAAUACAAAGUGGGCGACUCCAGCACCCUCAUCUUCGUCCGAGUGCUGAGGAGCCACGUGAUGGUGCGGGUUGGCGGCGGCUGGGACACACUGGAACAUUACCUGGACAAGCACGACCCGUGCCGCUGCUCCUCCCUCUCUCACCGCCUGCCCCAGCCCCGAGCCCCGGGCUUCUCCCCACAAAAACCAGCUCCCAGGAGCUUCUCCCCCACACCCUGCGCCCCCAGGUUGCCGGGGGUCCCUGAGCCCGUGCCUUCCCUCCCUGCACCGCCCCCGCGCCCCUGGGCCAAGCCCCGGCUGGACACGCAGCCCCACAAGAAGCCCUCCCGGAUCCCCACCCCACGGGGCUAUGGGGCAGCCCCCCCUCAGCCCCCCACCAGUAGCCCCAAGCCCUGGGGGGCUCUGCAGAGUGUCCUCUCCUCCUUCCUGGACCCCCCCUGGGUCCCGCGUGAGCACGAGGGGCUGGACGAGGAUGCCUGGCCAUGA